AUGCAGUCUUUCUACUUCAGGACAAACAAACCCGGCCAUGAAAGCUGCCUCAUGUACGACUACAACUACACUCUAGCAGCCGAGCUUGGCUACGAGGCGACCAUGGCAGACAUAGCAGUCAUUUCCGGAGACUCCAAUGACACUCUUUCGUGCUAUUCUCGUGACUUCAACUUCACGCAGUACGAGUCGACGGUCGUUACUGAGAUUCAGCCAGUCAUCGCCGUUAUAUCAAAGGGCAAAGGUCAUCUUGUCUCGUGCAGCUUCGGGCGGCGGCGCGUGGUGCUGAUCUGCGUGGGCCUCGUGGUGCCCGCCGGCUUCGUCACGGCGCUCUCGCCCUUCUACGAGGUCUACAUCCUGCUGCAGACGCUGGUCGCUUGCCUGCUCUACGGCGCCUACAUCGGCUGCUUUGUCAUCGUGAUGGAGGUGAGCGCGCCCAGCCAGCGCUCGUCCGUCGGCAGCCUGUUCGCCAUCCCAUGGGCGCUGGGCUACAUGGCCACGCCCGGCAUCGCCUACGUGGUGCGCACGUGGCCCUGGCUGCAGGCCGCCUUCACGCUCCCCAUGACGCUCCUCCUCGUCUACUUCUGGUGGCUGCCCGAGACGCCGCGCUGGCUGGUGCUGAAGGGGCGCUUCAGGGAGGCGCUGCGGGUGCUCUCGUGGGCGGCCAGGGUCAACGGGCGCGCCCUCCCGCCCGCCAAGGGUCUGCUCAAAGACAUGGAGGCCAUCAGAAACAAGGUCCUGGCGGCGUCCCGAGUGAAGGAGAGCGAGCUGAGCUGCGCGAAGGCCCUGUUCCUGCUGACGGCGCCGUCGCUGCGCCGCACGACCGCCUGCACGUUCUUCUGCUGGAUCGCCGCCUCGCUCGUCUACUACGGCGUCUCCCUCAACGCCGCCAACCUCAGGUGUGCCCUCCGCUCGGACCUGGUCCUCAGAAAGUAUCAAGGAAUAGAAACAAUCGCCGACCCCUACAUCUACGUGUUCCUGGGCGGGCUGGUGGAGAUCCCGUCGUACCUGCUGCUGUGGCUGGCGCUCACUCGCCUCGGCAGGAAGACCACGCUCAUCGCCUUCUACCUCGUGUGCACCACCUGCAUCUUCACGGUGGCUGCUCUCAUGCUGCUGGGGUUCCAUGACUGGAUAAUCGUGGUGGUCGUGCUGUCGCUCUCCGGGAAAGUCGCCAUCUCAGCCGCCUUUCAGCUGGUCUACGUGUUCACCGCCGAGCUGUUCCCGACGUCGCACCGCUCUCUGGCCAUCUGCCUGUCCGUCGUCGCCUCCAGGCUGGCCUCCAUCUCGGCGCCGUACAUCAACGACAUUCUGGGCGAUCUGGUGACAUGGGGGCCGUCGGUGGUGUUCGGAUCCAUGUCGUUCCUGGCGGUGGCGACCGUGCUCUUCCUGCCCGAGACGAAGGGCAGCAGCUUGACGGAGGUCAUCAAGGCCGGCGACGCCCCGCAGGAUCCCUCCGCAGGCCAGCAGGACAAGCAGUCACGGGAGGGAAAGGACCCCGGACCGAGCACCGCGGCGGCUGUCAACGAGGGAUUCGAACCCUGCUAACGAGUCGCCUGGAACUCAGAUUUUUUUCAGAUUUAUACCAUAAUCACUUUCUUAUUGUUAUUUCUCUCCCAUGAUAUCACAUAUUACUUACCUUUUUUUAGUUUUCUUACUCAAAAGAACUGCAGUGCAUAGAUCUAUAGAGCUUAUAAAUAGACAGAUAGAUAGACAGAUAGAUACAGGUGAUGUAAAGAGGGCUGUACAGGGGGUCCAGGUAUACUAAAUAAUUAUGAAGAUUAUGUAUUAUGAUACCGAUCUCCGCUAGAACGAGGCAGUAAAGAGAAAGCAGUUACCUGUUA